CCAGGUUCCCCCAGAUUUACACAAUCCUAUUUGUAUUGGUUUGAGUGACACAACACAAGACAUGAUGAACAUAGCAAAUGUAACAGACAAGAUAACCUUUGAAUUUGCAGAGCUAACCAUGACUCUGAACCUCACACACUCCACACUCCCUCCUUAUUCUUCCACUUCUCUCACUCUUUCGAAACCUUUCUUUCUCUUUCACUCCAAAAUCUCAACCUCAUCAUCACUCUCCAAAACCCUAUGUCUAUGUGCAUCACCAUCUAACACACCAACCGCCAUUUUCCUCCCAUAUCUCCAACAACCAGAACCAGAACCAGAACCAGAACCAGAAAAACAUGAACAAAAGUUCAUAGAAACAGUAGAAGAAGAAGAAAAAGAAGAAGAAGCACAUGACCCAGAUGAUCCAAUCUACAAAUUCUUCAAAACUCGCACAAGGGUUUCCUCCCAAGACCCUGGAAAAGAAGGAAAAUUGUCCCUUCAGAAGAACCGUCGCAUCUCAUGGCACCUUGCUUCUGACCUUGUUGAAGAAGAACCUGAAACGGGUUUGGAGGAAGGGUCCUUGUUGGUUGAGGACAAGGAAGAAACGGUGUGUGAGAAGAAAGGUUUGCCUGAGGGCAUUGUGGGGGAAAUUGUUCAUCUUGCAAGGAACUUGCAGCAGAAUUUGACUUUAGAGGAGGUUUUGAAUGAGUAUGAAGGAAGGGUUAGUGAGGAAGAGUGUUGGGAGGUUUUGAGAGUACUUGGGGAGGAGCACCUUCUGGUGUGUUGUUUGUAUUUCUUUCAGUGGAUGAGGUUGCAGGAUCCCUCGCUUGUUACACCUCGGGCUUGUACUGUCUUGUUUCCUUUGUUGGGGAAGGCAAGGAUGGGUGAUAAGUUGAUGGUUUUGUUCACAAACUUGCCUUCCACCAAGGAGUUCAGAGAUGCUCAUGUUUACAAUGCCGCCAUUUCGGGUCUUCUUUCUAGUGGCAGGUAUGAAGAUGCUUGGAAGGUGUAUGAGUCAAUGGAAGCUGAUAAUGUUCUUCCAGAUCAUGUGACGUGUUCUAUCAUGGUUAUUGUUAUGAGAAAACUUGGCCAUAGUGCAAAAGAUGCAUGGCAAUUUUUUGAGAAAAUGAAUGGAAAAGGAGUCAAAUGGGGUGAAGAAGUCCUAGGGGCAUUAAUAAAGUCAUUUUGUGUUGAGGGUUUGAUGAGUGAGGCUCUCAUCAUCCUAUCUGAAAUGGAGAAGAAAGGUGUUUCUUCAAAUGCAAUUGUGUACAAUACCCUGAUGGAUGCAUAUUGUAAAUCCAACCGUGUAGAAGAGGCUGAAGGCCUUUUUGUUGAGAUGAAAGCUAAAGGGAUUAGGCCAACUGAAGCUACCUUUAACAUUCUAAUGUAUGCGUACAGCAGAAAAAUGCAACCUGAGAUUGUUGAGAAGCUGAUGGAUGAAAUGCAGGAUGUUGGCUUGAAGCCAAAUGCCAAAUCAUAUACUUGUCUUAUCAGUGCAUAUGGGAAGCAGAAAAAGAUGAGUGAUAUGGCUGCAGAUGCGUUCUUGAAGAUGAAAAAAGAAGGUAUUAAACCCACUUCACAUUCUUAUACAGCUCUGAUCCAUGCAUAUUCAGUUAGUGGCUGGCAUGAGAAAGCUUAUGUGGCAUUUGAAAACAUGCAAAGGGAAGGUGUUAAACCUUCCAUAGAAACCUACACUGCUUUACUUGAUGCAUUUAGACGUGCUGGUGACACCCAAACAAUGACGAAAAUAUGGAAGUUGAUGAGGAGGGAGAAAGUUGAAGGAACACGUGUGACAUUCAACACUCUUGUCGAUGGUUUUGCUAAACAUGGUCACUACAAGGAAGCAAGAGAUGUAAUAUCUGAAUUUGGGAAUGUUGGAUUGCACCCAACAGUGAUGACAUACAAUAUGCUGAUGAAUGCAUACGCCCGAGGAGGGCGACACUCAAAGCUGCCAGAGUUGUUGGAAGAGAUGGUAGCUCAUAACUUAAAGCCAGAUUCUGUAACUUAUUCAACCAUGAUAUAUGCCUUUCUUCGUGUUCGAGAUUUUAGGCAGGCAUUUUUUUACCACCAGGAGAUGGUUGAGAGUGGGAAGGUGAUGGAUGUCAAUUCUUACCAGAAGCUUCGAGCGAUUCUGGAUAUGAAAGCUGCAAUCAAAAACAGGAAGGAUAGGAGAUCCCUGAUUGGUGUAGUUAGAAAUAAGAUGGGUGUUGUGAAACCGAAAAGAAAGAAGGAUGGGUUAUGGAAGUACAGGAAAAGAAAUGUGAAAAACGGUAGUUCUGAUAUUAGUGUAAAGUAAGUUAUAGAUGCAGUGCCUUGUAAGAAUUGUAAGUUCAAUUUUGACUCUUUUUUCAUUUCUCCAAAUGGAUGACAUCAAGAUUUAUGCAGACAUUGGGAGUGAUUAUCAUUUGAAAAGCAAAAUGAAACAAAUUAAUGAAGUAAUAGAUGACCCUAGUCUCCUCUAGAACAAUGUGAAUGCAUCAAGAUUAAUAGAUGACCCUAAUUAAUUUUUUCUUUCAA